CACAAUGCCACAAAAAUGUGCCAAAAAAACAAUAAACAAAAACAAAAAAUAAUGUAAAGACAACAAAUUAUGAAAGACCCCAGAAGGAAAGAGCCAGACCCAGGCCCAGACGCAGGCCAAGUACACCAAUUUGAGUCAGAGAUGACGUUAAUGGAGCAGAAGCCAACAGCCGGUCUCCGUCUCAGUUUCAGUUUCAGCCUCAAACGCAGCUCAAUGGAGCUCAAGCGAGGAGGCCAGACCACACCAGACCAGACAGAGAGCGUGCGCAUGCGCGGCAACAAGAGUAACGUUACGUGAUUUACUAAAAAACUCUGGCUGGAGACGGAGACGAGACUGAUUCGAAGACUGAUGGGUAGGGAGGGGGGAGUUGGCGCGCGUGUGGCAUGCCGGAGACACUCACCUCACUCUCCAUUUCAGUUGCGGCCCAGACGCGCAUCGGGCAGGUUGUCAACGCGUUGCGCACUCGAACAGAAAGAAAUCGAACAGAGCGAAAUACGUUACUCGUUCUUUUUGGUGCUUUGGCAAUCUAGUUGGUUCACCACAAUCUAAAUGCUGGCAACCAGCUGGCCAAGUCUGACUGCUGAUCAUGUUUUGGCCAAAACAUUACCCGGGCUGUGCUAGCCUUUGGCUGCCGCUGCUCCUCAGCCUGCUCUACACACAAAACGCAUCCACUUUCAUUGUGCCACAGGAACUACCAACCAUAUUAUCCCUAGUUUUCUCCAACAUACCACCGAUUAAAAAAGGAACCGAUUCACGUCUUGGCUUUGGCUUUCGUUUGGGCGAACAUGCCGAUUUCCAAGUGCUCGUCGAGCUGGGGCCCCAGAAGGAGACGAAACCCAUUGGGGAGCCCAGCAAGGAUGAUCAAUCGUUCAACAAACGCCAGGUGAGCCCCACCGAGCAGAAGGCCCUGCUGCGACAGCAGUACCGACAGCAACUGAAGGAAGAGGCCGAGAGAUUGAUGACCUCUACGGAGCGAAAUGGGGCCACCUGGCUGGAGAGCUGGUCGAACGGCAUGAAACCGCAAAAGCCCAAGGCGAAGGGUAGUGCAAGGCGUCCGAUCGAAGAAAGCCAGGCCCCCAACCUGCCGCUGCAGCCACAAGUUCAAGAGAAUGCCAUGCAACAGCUGCAGCAGCUCUACAAGAUGGCCAGUACCAGCAGUACGAGUAGCACCACUGCGGCUCCUCCGCCCUAUGCAGGUGGUGCUCUCAAUUUAGGUGGCCCCAGUGGGUUCAAGCUGCCACCGCCAGCCCUCGAGCAGGAGUCCAACGCCCUGAGUAAUAUUGGUCCUGCGAGGAGCAAGAGCGAAAUCACAAAGGAGCUAAUGGAUGUCAGCCUGGAGACAGCGGAGGCUUAGGUUGUGCAAUUUUCUAGUUACUAAUUGAUUACAUUACUUAGCAAUUUUCUUGUAAAUAAAAACAAAUCUAAACGAGGGGGAACGUU